GUGCGCGAUAAAGCUCAAACUUUCAGACGCCCUCCGUUAGCGUUACAUGUCCGAAAGAUGGCUGCUACCAGGUACCGUCGGUUCCUGAAGCUGUGUGAGGAAUGGCCGCGGGACGAGUUCAAGAAAGGCCGUGAUUUGGGAACUUUUCUGGGGCAGAGAGUCGCUUCAGCCUUCCGCGAGGGGGAAAACACACAGAUCUCAGAUCCAGAGAAGUGUGACCAGAUGUAUGAAAGUUUAGCCCGUAUUAAUGGAAACGUAUACCGACAACGAUUUCCUCGUGUGAGAGACACAAGCUUUACUGGAGUUACAGUGGAAGAGUGUAAACUCCUUUUGUCAGGGAGUAUGCAACAGAUGGACGAUGAAAAAAAGGGUUUGUGGAAGACGUUAAUGGAGAGAUUCUCCAAAUCACCAGAAGACGUUCCAGAGAAAGCUCCUGAAAAAUAACUUUUUUAUCUCUUUCUUUCCUUUCUUUCCUUUCUUUUCGCAUGUAUAGAAAUAAAGCUUAUUGUUGGUAUCUUUA